GUGGAGAAGGGCUUGUACGUGGAGUGCGGGUGGGAGAGCGAGCGAGAGACUGAGAGAAAGAGAGAGGGUGAAGAGAGCAAAGUGAGAUCAAGUGGACAGCGAACGGCCGCAGCUAUGGAUGAUCACGUUGCUGAACAUCACAGGGCCAGAUACAAGAGAUCAGAGUCGCUGUACGACGCCGUCAGAGCCACGGACCGGGAGGAGAAAUAUGAGAAGAGCCUGUGGGAGUCGCUGGACAAAUACUACUGGGAAGUGAGAUUCACCCUCCUGGAUCACCAGAGCCCAACCACGGGCCUCUUUCCCACCAAAUCUCAAAGCAAGAGCAACGCCGCCAAGGUCCGCGACAGCCUCUACUGCGCCGCUGCCGUCUGGGCCCUGAGCCUGGCCUACAGACGCAGCGACGAUGAUAAGGGGAGGAUUCACGAGCUGGAGCACAGUGCCGUCAAGUGCCUCCGUGGCAUUCUCUACUGCUACAUGCGCCAGUCUCUCAAGUUGGAGCGGUACAAGCAGGACCCCUCUCCCAGCACGUGCCUGCACUCCGUGUUCCACGUGCACACGGGGGACGAGCUGCUGGACUACAGCCUCUACGGGCACCUGCAGAUCGAUGCCCUUUCACUCUUCCUCCUCUACCUCGUUGAGAUGACGUCCUCGGGCCUGCAAAUCAUCUACAACACCGAUGAGGUGACGUUUGUGCAGAACCUGGUGUACUGCGUGGAGCGUGCGUACCGCGUGCCCGACUUCGGAAUGUGGGAACGCGGCAACAAAUACAACAACGGCAGCACGGAGCUGCACGCCAGUUCUGUGGGCCUUGCCAAGGCCGCGCUGGAAGCCAUCAACGGAUUCAACUUGUUUGGGCCUCAGGGCUGCUCCUGGUCAGUCAUCUUCGUGGACACGGACGCUCACAACCGCAACCGACAGACGCUGCACUCCCUGCUGCCCCGCGAGUCUCGCUCUCACAACACCGACGCGGCCCUGCUGCCGGUGCUUGGCUACCCGGCAUUCGCCGUCGAUGACGACACCCUGCGGCACCAGGCACUGGACAAGGUGGUGCGCAAGCUGCGCGGCCGCUACGGCUUCCGCAGGUUCCUGCGCGACGGAUAUCGCACGGCGCUCGAGGAGGAGCACCGGCGGCACUACCGCCCCGCCGAGAUCAAGCUGUUUGACGGAAUCGAGUGUGAGUUCCCCAUGUUCUACCUCUUCAUGGUCAUCGACGGUGUUUUCAAUGAAAAUCAACACCAGAUGCAGGAGUACCUGGCUCUUUUGGAAAAGGUUAUACUGAAAACGUCUCAAGGCCACACGAUAAUACCGCGGUAUUACCACGUCCCCGGGGAGUUUGUGGAGGGGGAGAAGAAGGAGCCGGGCAGCCAGCGCAGGUACCCGAGCGAGACGGGGCACGACGGACGCCUCUACCUGUGGGGCCAAGCGCUCUACGUCAUCGCCAAGCUGCUUGUGGAUGGGCUGAUCACCCCCCAGGAGCUGGACCCCGUGGGUCGCUACGUCCCCAUGGGAGACAGACGCAACGUCAGCCUCCGCUACUCCAACCAGGGGCCCCUGGGCACCAACGUCACCGUCAACGUCACAAUCGUCGCCGAGAGCCAGCACCUGCAGGCGUUCCUGAACACCUACGGAAUCCAGUCCCAGACUCCCCUGCAGAUGGAGCCCAUCCAGGUGUGGCCGCAGUCGGAGCUCGUGAAGGCGUACUCUUACCUGGGUCUCAACCCAAAGCUCGGCCUCUCGGGCCGGCCGGCACGUCCCAUUGGGUGCCUGGGCACCGCCAAGACGUAUCGUAUUCUGGGCCGCACCGUGGUUUGCCUGCCCGUCAUCUUUGACCUGAGUGACUUCUACAUGUCCCAAGACGUCCUUCUGCUCAAGGACAACAUCGUGAACUGUCUGCAGUUUGUGUCUCAGUGCUGGAAGAUGAGCAAACGGCCACUGUGCCUCCUCCUAAUCCGCGAGGACAACCUCAAGGGCAGCCGCUUUGAGCCGAUGAUGGACAUGCUGGCGGAUUUCAAGCGGGGUAGUGUCGGAGGGGUCAAAGUUCGCGUCGACAGAAUUCAGGCGCUGAUUUCUGGAACGCUGGUUCAGCAGUUGGAUUUCCUGAGAGUCAGCGAAGGAGAGGAGCUGCCGACGUUCAGCUUCCUGGAGGAGAUGCCGGUGAAGGAGUCGGCGGGCCUGCGGCGGCGGCUGAGCGCGCCGUGCCUCGACGACUCCAACCUGGAGGGCGAGGUGUUGGAGGAGGAGUGGGGGCACCGGUCCAGCGCCGACGUGCUCCACCGCCUCAGCGAAUGCCACGCACUCCACAACCAAACCGUGCUGCUGGGGAUUCUGCUCAAGCGGGAAGGCGGCCACUUCAUCACAAACGCAGGCACCGUCACGGAUCAGCUGGAGCGUGUGCACAGUGUGGCCGGCACCAACAAGCGCUGGUCUAUAGUGCGCUACGCAGCAUGCUUGUUAGGAAAAGUCGUUGACAGCCUCGCCCCGUCCAUCACAAACAUCGUCGUCGGAGGGAAACAGCUCACACUCGGCGUGUUCGGCCACGAGGAGGUGGCCAUCUCGAACCCGGUGUCGCCGGCGGCCGCCAAGCAACUGUUGUACGGCACGUGCGCGGCACGUGACCCCCGUGCCUCGGCCCUGCAGCAGGAGCUCGUCAUCCACGUGGGUUGGGCGAUGGCCAACUCCCCGGAACUCUUCGGGGGGAUGCUGCGCCUGCGCAUCGGAUGGAUGAUCCACGCCAUGAACUACCUGCUGGUGCUGCAGGCCAAGGGCGACAUGAGCCUGGACAUCGGGGUGAACGUAGGAGCCGAGGCACUCCACAGGGGGCACCACAAGGAGCAGCAUGGCAGGGGGCUCACGGUGCCCACCGUGGAUCACAGGGGGCACGGGGCGCUCGCGGUGCCUGAAGGCCACGAGGGUCACGGGGGUCACGGGGGUCACGGCAACCGCGAACCCUACGUGCUCAGCGACCUCUCUCCGAGCGACGUGAAGUCGCUGCUGCUGCAGCUGCUGCAGCUCAAGCAUCACGGCAGCUCUGGGUGGCUGCACCGCCGCUACCUCGACGGCUCCCUCAACCGGACACCGCCGGGGUUCUACGACCGCGUGUGGCAGAUCCUGGAGCGGACGCCGCAUGGGAUUGUGGUGGCCGGAACGCUCCUCCCGCAGCAACCCACCCUCUCGGAUAUGACCAUGUACGAGAUGAACUUCUCCCUGCUCGUGGAGGAAAUCCUGCAGGGAAUUGACCACCCAGCCUAUCGGCAGCUGGUGGUGGAGCUGUUGAUGGUGGUGUCUAUAGUGCUGGAAAGAAACCCGGAGGUGGAGUUUCAGGAGAAGGUGGACCUGGAUUUGCUGCUGAAGAAGGCAGUGAACGACUUCCAGCACGAGCGCACGAAAGUGGGACACGCGCAUGAGGAUGCCUUGACAGCGUUCUACCAAACGCCACCGGUGGGGAAGUGUGGAACGGCGGUCUACCUUGCACGAGCCGUGGUCAAAAUGCUCCUGUUCGGAGCAAUCAAGCCUGUGUCCGAAGACCCAUGCAUCAUCAGCUGAUGAGGCAGCGCUGUGUCCCAUCGGCCCCACCUUGUAGGGGUGGAGGCGAUAGGUUUUGGAACAGUGGCGAGGUGAUGUCUUAUGAGCAAAGCUACCGAACUUCUGGGAGGCUCAACCAACGCAAAUGUUGACCUGGUGGGGCCCCUCCCUCUGUCAAUCACUAGCCCCGCCUAUUGCACGUAGCCCUCGCCCACUCCUCUGCACAACCAUGCCCACUGCUCAGGUAGCACCACUAUUUUUCCCUCUUAUCAUGAGUCGAUUGUGAGGCAAUAGAAUAUUAGACCGGGGAUGAAAUCCCAAUUUUUUUGCAAAUGCUUCGGGGGACACCAGGAUGACAGACUUUGUGAAAUGGGGACUCUCUCGGCCGUCCCAGGAUGCUCUGGUAGCUUUGCGUAUAAGUGUAGGCGGUGUUGGAGGCUGUAGGUGUGUGUUUGUGCAGUUGCAGGUUUUUAUCGAGGUGAAAGAGCGAAACCGUUAAGUAAAAAUUAUUUAGUUUUUAGCCCAGUUCUGGUGUUAUUAGGGUCGUGGAAAAUUGUCCUUCCAGAAUGCCUACAGUCAGCAGUGCCUCGUGUCAUCCCUUCAUGGAAUGGGCUCCUUGAAGAUAACGUCACAGCACAUGAAACCCCAUCUCGCUCAAUUUGUUUUCUGCACAUAUAUUCGGCAAACUUCCAGCUCAAAUAAUAAUAAUAAUAAGUAUAUGUUUGGCUGCCAUGCAACAACCGUAACUCUCAGUGACGGAGCAGGUGUGAACCAGAGGUCUCUUGAAGGGAGAGUUAUAAAUCGAUAGUUAGCCAUCCCCGCUUCCAUCUAAACUCUUUCAUGAAUAUGGCACGUUCCAAAUAUUGCAUUGAUUCAUUGAUGACAUGACACCUAUAGCAACAUGUCGGUAAACUUUAUCUCGACAACAAAUUGGGAUGCGCCGCCAUCCUUUAAUGUAACAAGAGAGACGUUUAAACCGCAGUGAGGGGAUCGGAGUCAUCGACAGUCUGAUAUUUUCCGACUAUUGUUUGGCAAUUGCAAAGCAUUCACAAGCUGCGAUGAUAAGAAGCUGUCGAGUGUUUUAGUUGUCUGUGAGGCCUGUAUCGUGCAUGUAAACAAAUCCCAGUUUUCAAAAGCACUGCAGAUUUGUGCAAUAGUUAUUUAUUUUUUUGAAAUACAUUAGAGUUGUAUUUUUUUUGUUUUAUUAAUCGCCAUCAAUAUAGAGCGAUCAGAAAGGUUGUGAGUUAAAAUCCUGGCUGGGGGGUUGACUCAGCCCAUCAUCCCUCCAGAGCAGAUAAAAUUAGUACCACUUUGUGGGGGAUUCAACCGCGGUUACUCGCUCACCGUCACAGGAAUGUGGAGUUGGAAUUGUCACCACUGGCUUAGGGCUGCAAAUGGGAGAUGAACACUGCUGCUUCAAUGCUAACUUGAGUAAAACAUCACUGAAACGUAUCUGACAAUUACUCCCCGAGGAAAUCCUCCCAGAGUCUCGGGGGGUGGGGGGGGGCUGGAGAGGUGACUCUUGGCCAGUUUCCAUUUUGAGUUUUUUUUUUGCAUGCAGGAGGAAACGAGAGUGUCGGGAGAAACCUAUGCACACGAGGGGAUAGCGCCCAUCAUACAAGCGGGGAAGUCGUCUAAUUGCUCCACUGACCCUUUAUAUUAACGAACAUUAUAUGCGUGCAAUCCACCAACCCCACUGUCACGUCACCGUAUCUCGUGCUUCUCUGCUGGCCUCGUCGUCUAGAACACCCUCCUCCCAGUCACGGGAGCUGGCAAAAGGAAGGAAGCCACGGCGAGGUAGCCUCAGCAUCAUUGGUCUUGAUAACCUCUUGACCUCAACAUCACAUCGCUACAGAAGUACAGUAAUUUCUCAUGUCACUGCUCCGAUAAGGGCCUUCCACUGGAGUGAACUCUUCAAGGGUAUUUGGUCUACUCUUCCGCGUUGACCACACAUGUUGGGGGGAGGUGAGAGCACCCACACUUUACCUCUCGACUGUGGCCUGUCCAUGUGUCCUCCUGGGUGGGAUUUGGCAGGGGAAUUAGGAAACCUUGCCCCAUACUCUUUGGUUCUAUUCGGUAAAGUCACGUAGGUAAAAAAUAAAAA